CUUUUUUUCUUCUCUCUCGGGGGACUUUGAAAUUCCAUCCUUUUCGCAUCGAGAGGUCAUUAUUAAGCAAACCCCCCGAGCGAAGACGCGAUUCCCCUUCGUUCGAAAGCUGCGGCUCCCCUAGAGAGAGAAACAAAAGAGUGAUUCUUUCUGGGCUGAGCUUGGAGCGUUUGGGACCAUGGGGCUCACGUUCACGAAGCUGUUCAGCCGGCUCUUUGCCAAGAAGGAGAUGAGGAUUCUGAUGGUGGGUCUUGACGCUGCUGGUAAGACCACCAUCUUGUACAAGCUUAAGCUCGGAGAAAUCGUCACCACCAUCCCCACUAUCGGAUUUAACGUUGAGACAGUUGAAUACAAGAACAUCAGCUUCACAGUUUGGGAUGUUGGGGGCCAGGACAAGAUCCGUCCAUUGUGGAGGCACUACUUCCAGAACACACAAGGUUUAAUUUUUGUUGUGGAUAGCAAUGAUAGAGAUCGAGUUGUUGAGGCGAGAGAUGAGUUGCAUAGAAUGCUGAAUGAGGAUGAGCUGAGAGAUGCUGUUUUGCUUGUGUUUGCGAACAAACAAGAUCUUCCUAAUGCAAUGAAUGCAGCUGAAAUAACUGACAAGCUUGGUCUUCACUCACUCCGUCAACGCCACUGGUACAUCCAGAGCACCUGUGCAACAUCUGGAGAAGGCCUUUACGAGGGUCUGGAUUGGCUUUCCAACAAUAUUGCCAGCAAGGGGUAGCGUGGGUGGAUUUGGGGCCAUUGCUAAGUUAGUGUGGAGCCCGAGUCUUAUCUUAAGAAACUGGACUGGAUUGAUCGUUUCCAACAGUCAAAAGGGAACUACUGCAUAUUUUCGGUCCAGUACUAUUGGGUAUUAUUAAUUAUGAAAGGAAGCUUGCAAGGCCAAAAGGCUCAGAAUUGUGACCUGUAAUCAGUACAGGGAACGCUAUAACCAUUCUGCUUUACUGCUGAAGCAGCUCUUUGUAAUGGUGACAACUUGUGCUUUAGUUUUCGUGCAAUUUUUUGUAAAAGAGAUGGUGGUAUGUGCGACUUAUUUGGUGGGGCUAUGGUUCCUACGCACACUAAUAUACCCUGGUGGCCAAGAUUUGUUUCUGCUAUGUUUAUAUUCCUGGUUUAA